AUGCCUGUGUCAGAGAUGCUGGUUGACUCAGCUGCAGGCUAUGAAUAUCUUAGCAUGCUUGAUGGAUAUUCUGGCUAUAACCAUAUUUUCAUUGCUGAAGAGGAUGUUUCCAAAACAGCCUUUCGAUGUCCAGGGGCAAUAGGAACUUAUGAGUGGAUAGUUAUGCCCUUUGGUUUAAAAAAUGUUGGGGCAGCAUACCAGCGAGCAAUGAAUUCUAUAUUCCAUGAUUAUAUAGAGACAUUUAUGCAGGCUGGAGAUUUUUUGGGCUUUGUGGUCCAUAAAAAGGGGAUAGAAAUCAAUCAGAAUAAGACGAAGGCUAUUAUGGAGACCAAAGCACCCUCAACUAAGAAAGAAUUGCAAUCAUUAUUAAGAAAGCCAAUAAUGCACAUUCGAGUUGGAAAAUGGGCAUUAGCCCUCACUGAAUACUCUUUAGCCUUUAUGCCUUUAAGAGCAAUGAAGGAACAAAUAGUAUCAGACUUUAUUGUAGACCAUGCAGUGGUCGAAAGUCCUCAACUUCAAGUUGAGUUAAAACCUUGA